GUCCCGUGUCUAGCACGCUGAUGCGUUUGUUUCCCGUCGGAGACCGCGCGCGUCCUUCCUUCUCUUCCAUCUCCUUUUUCCCAUUAUCUCCCCCACCUUUUCCCCAUGCACGAAACAUCGCCCCUUCUGGGUUCCCCCCGGCCAUCCUCCCCUCCAUCCCCACCCCCUCACUCAUCCCUCAUCCCUCUACCAUGUCGCAUUGCUCGGCAUCUGCUGUUUCACCCUCACGGGGGCUUCAUCCUUCCUCGACGUGCCCCUACUGCAACUCCUCGAGAACAACCUAUGCCAUCUAGACUCGAGCCUCGGCAAAACCGACCUCAUUCAGUCCAAACUGGCCUACCUCAAUGGCUCCCUCUCCAUCGUCGAGGCUAUCGUGGGUAUCUAGGAUCUAUCUCGUCGGGCAUAAUUAUAGCAAGAAGCUACGAGGCUGAUUGAAGGGCACACACCGGUCUGGUCGCUGCUUUCCCCUUCGGUGUUUUGGCCGAUAUGUGAGUUGGCCAUCAUUCCCGUGCGAUUUCUCAUGUCGGAUCAGAGACAGCCGUUAGAUAGAUCAUAGAUGGGGAUUGCUUGAACCUGUAUUGUGGCUGCCUACCGAGGAUUGAGGCUCGAGCUGCAGGAGUUGGUAGCCACUGGCGUGUUGGAGGCAGAAGGUAUCUC